AUGCUUAUGUCAGGGUUUUUCAUCAUUUCUCCUGAAUUAUCGUUUAGAAUGACGCCGCAAGAGGAACGUGAGAGCUCACGCGGCGCUGAGAUUGCCGACGCCUUCGAGGACGACAUGUUCGGCCCGUCUCGCACCGAGCCAGCCGUCAGGCCUAAACUCUCCAUGAUCUCAGCGCGCAUUCGAGCCAAUGAAGAACGCAAACGAGUAAUCGAAAUUUGCUCGCAGAAAUUAGAGAAUAUCGAAGACCCAGCAAGAGACCUUCGACGAUCAGUAUGUAUCAACAAUACCUAUUGCCGACUUAGUGAAGAGGCACGCAGAGAGAAGGAGGCCAGGCGGAAGCGCGCAAGGGAAGAAUGCGAUGAUUCGUGGGUGGGGAAAAAGGCACGACGUGCUGUCGAAGACGAAUGUUUGGCUCUGUUGGAUGCUAUCCCCGAACUAGGCGAUGCAAAUCUCGGUUGCGCGCAGCUAGCGCGACAGAUGCCGCGGCAAGACAUGCCGUUAUUGCCACCUGGGCUCCUCACGGUGCUGGACUCAUGA